GCGCCCUUUCACUUACGGCAGGCAGCCCCGUUUGCGGCAGCGCGGGUGUUUCCGGGCGGGCCCGGCGCGCACGUGCAGGAAGCAGUAGAGAAUGUCUUUUCGUGGAAGAGGAGGUGGAGGAGGAAGAGGAGGUGGCUUCAACCGAGGAGGAGGUGGCGGUGACCGAGGAGGCUUCAACCGCGGCGGGCGAGGAGGUGGCUUUGGACGGGGAGGUGGAAGAGGAGGCUUCAACAGAGGAGGAUAUGACCAGGGCCCUCCAGAAAGGGUAGUUUUGCUGGGAGAGUUCAUGCAUCCCUGUGAAGAUGACAUAGUUUGUAAAUGUAAAACAGAGGAAAACAAGGUGCCUUAUUUCAAUGCCCCAGUGUACCUGGAUAAUAAGGAGCAGAUUGGCAAAGUGGAUGAAAUAUUUGGACAGCUGAGAGACUUUUAUUUUUCAGUGAAACUGUCUGAGAACAUGAAAGCCUCUUCGUUUAAAAAAAUGCAAAAGUUUUACAUUGAUCCAGCAAAGCUGCUGCCUCUUCAGAGGUUUUUGCCAAGGCCCCCUGGAGAAAAAGGUGCUCCCAGAGGAGGUGGUAGAGGAGGACGUGGUGGUGGACGUGGGGGAGGAAGAGGCGGUGGUAGAGGAGGAUUUGGAGGAGGCAGAGGUGGAGGAAGAGGAGGAGGAUUCAGAGGAGGCAGAGGUGGAGGAGGAGGAGGAGGAUUCAGAGGAGGAAGAGGUGGUGGAGGAGGCUUUCGGGGAAGAGGACAUUAAAAAUGGAGCCAGGAGUAUCUCCUCAUUGUCUUAUCAUGUCAUCUGCAGCAGCAAAGAACCAUGCAAAAUUUUUGUAAAGGACCUUGAAAAUCUUUUUAUAAGGAACUUGAAGCUACAAAUGACAAUUAUUUUUACACUUCAUGACUGUUGAUGGACGCAUGAGGAGAGUGUAGUCCCAGGUGAAGAGAUGAAGAGUGCUCAGAAUAUGUGUAAACUUUUGUAACUGAGUCACGAUUUGAUGUUAUUCUCAAACUGUUUGUUUCUGACAAGCAGUGCAGUCAGUGCUUAACUCCAUGUUGGAGUUGGGAGUAAACAAUCAGUUGAAAUGGGUUUUCAGAAGACCCUGCAGGUUCACUGCAUGCACAUACUUCAGUGUGAACCUGUGCAUGACUGAUCCUUGGUUCUCAUCCUCCUUUUAUAUUGAAUCUUCUGGACAUGCCAUUUAAACAACCUUUGUGAACCUUUUUUUAUAAAUUAAAUUUCAAACUUUUGUGUUGAUAGUUUUUUAAAUGCAUAAUGUAUAAGAGAGAAGACAGCAGAGUAUAUUUUGUGAAUUUUUCUGUAUAAAUAUUAAUGAAAACCAAAGGCAUUAAGAUGCGGUCCUCUUAGAAGGUGCUGUCUAAUGAACAAGACAAGAUUAAUACUAUACUUCAGUCAUCUAAUGGUAUCUAAUUACACUGAUAUUAAAAUGCUAAGGGUUUUUUAUUGGCCCUGCAUCUCCCCAUUAGCCUAUUUCCAUUGAGGUUUUGAUGUCCUGGUACUGCACCUCUGGGUUUGUGUAGAGCUGAGGUUAAAUAGCUCAUCAUAGGGCUCCUCUGCACACAAUGCUUUCAGUUAUGUAUUGCUUAGAAAGGCGUGACAAAGUCUGCAUGGGCCUGGUCUCUUUAAAUAGAUGGAUGAUGAGGGUUGUUGGAAAGAUAGGGACUGUGUCUUCCUAAGGAUGGAGGAGACAAGGGUGCCUCUGCUCUGCAACUUUGGAAGUAAAAUAGGUGAAAAUAGAACUUCCUGGAUUUCUUUCAGCUGGAGCCAGGAGUCUGUUCACAGACUCUCCUACCAAGCAGUUUUCAAAAGAGGUUUGUAAAUAAUGUAUGUGCAAGUAUUUUGAACAUCUUGUUCAGUGUGAAAAAAGUUCCUCUCAGAAUUGAUUGCACUCUUAUGCUUUUUAGUUGAUAAAUGCAGUAACAGGCAGUUUAAUUAUGUUAGCUUCCUGCUUAAGAAAGGCAGCAGGUAAUUUUCCAGUACCAGGAUUGGACAGUUACUGCAUGUUUUAGCAAAUGUGACCAUUUGUUCUAAUAAAUGUCAAACAAAACUUGAAAGAGUGGAAAAACAAAUAGUAAAGAAUUAAUUUAAAUGUGAAUAGAUGCUGCAAAGGAUAAUAGAUAAAAAUGUUUUUCAGCUUAAAAUAAUGAAACACAGAAUAUUGAAUUUCUGCUAGGUCUGCUUUUAUGAGAAGAACCUGGCUCUAAUUUUAAU